AUGUCUCAGAUGAUUAAACCACCAAUUAUCCUGUUGAAGGAAGGAACAGAUACUUCACAAGGUAUCCCUCAGUUGAUUAGUAAUAUAAAUGCAUGCUGUGCGAUCGUCGAUACAGUUAGGACUACAUUGGGACCACGUGGAAUGGACAAGUUGGUCUAUCAGAGCGAGAGAAAAGUCACGAUCUCAAACGACGGCGCCACAGUCAUGAAGCUGCUCGAUAUUGUGCACCCUGCUGCAAGGACACUGGUGGACAUUGCCAAAUCACAGGACAGCGAGGUCGGCGACGGCACCACAUCGGUGGUCGUGAUGGCCGGCGAGUUCCUCAAGGUCGCCAAGCCAUUCAUCGAGGAGGGCAUUCACCCACAGAUCAUCAUUCGCGCCUACAGACGCGCAUGCGAGCUUGCCAAGCAGAGGAUCAAGGAGCUGUGCAUCGACAUCAAGGACGCCGAUAUGCGCGAGUUCCUCGAGAAGUGCGCUGGUACAGCAAUGAACUCCAAGCUGAUCGCCUCACACAAGGACUUCUUCUCAAAGAUGGUUGUGGACGCUGUUCAGUUGCUCGACGACGAGAUUGAGUUGGCGAUGAUCGGAGUGAAGAAGGAGAGCGGCGGUGGCAUGGCAGACACUCUGUUUGUGCCAGGUGCCGCCUUCAAGCGUACCUUCUUCUACGCCGGUUUCGAGCAGCAACCAAAAUACAUCCAGCAGCCCAAGAUCAUCUGUCUCAACAACGAGCUCGAGCUCAAGGCCGAGAAGGACAACGCAGAGAUUCGUAUCUCUGACCCAUCCAAAUAUCAAGCACUGGUCAACGCCGAGUGGAAGCUGUUCUACGACAAGCUGGACGCCAUCCACGCAUCGGGCGCCAACGUUGUGCUUUCGCGUCUCGCCAUUGGAGAUCUGGCCACACAAUACUUUGCCGAGAAGAAGAUGUUCUGCGCCGGUCGUGUGCCAGAGGAGGACCUGAAGCGUGUCUGUCACGCCACAGGCGCCAGCAUCCAGACCACCGUGUCCAACAUCAUACCACAGGUCAUUGGAACUUGCGAUUUGUUCGAGGAGAAGCAGAUUGGAAGCAGCCGUUACAACCUGUUCACUGGCUGCAAGAACACACACACUGCAACCAUCAUUCUGCGUGGUGGUGGCGAGCAGUUCAUCGAUGAGGCUGAGCGCUCGCUGCACGACUCGAUCAUGAUUGUGCGUCGCGCUCGCAAGCAUCGCUCGGUCGUCGCCGGAGGUGGCGCCACCGAGAUGGAGAUCAGCAAGUACCUGAGGGACCAUGCCUUGACCAUCGAAGGCAAGCAGCAGCUGUUGAUCACCGCCUUUGCCAAGGCACUCGAGGUCAUCCCUCGCCAGAUCAGUGACAACGCCGGCUUUGACUCGACCGACAUCCUGAACCAGCUGCGUCAGAAGCACUCACAGGGCGAGAAGUGGUACGGAGUGGACAUUGUCAACGAGGGCAUUUGCGACACAUACAAGUCGGCCGUUUGGGAGCCAACCAUUGUCAAGCUCAACAGCAUCACCGCCGCCACUGAGGCCGCCUGUCUGGUUCUCUCUGUGGACGAGACCGUUUCCAACCAACAAUCAGAGCAGUCACAGGCUGGUCCACAAAUCGACCCAAGAACCCGUGCUGCCCUUGGCAGAGGAGGUGGUGUCCAGGCCAUGAGAGGUAGACGA